AUGUCUGCAAAGCGGCACGGACGUCAAUACGACGUUGUCGUUUUCGGUGCCACAGGGUAUACUGGUCUCAUGACUGCUGAGCACAUUGCAGCUCGUUUCCCGACAGAUACCAAAUGGGCACUUGCUGGUCGAUCAGCAGAGAAGCUGCAAAAGGUUGUGGCCGAAUGCAAGACUAUAAACGCAGAUAGGAUUCAGCCUGAGAUUGAAAUCUGCAGCCUCAAUGACGAUGAUCUAUUGGCUCUGGCGAGAAAGACCUUUGUGCUAAUCACCACUGUUGGCCCCUACGCGCAGUAUGGUGAGCAUGCCUUCAAAGCAUGUGCAGAAGCAGGCACACACUAUAUUGAUUGCACUGGUGAGGCGCCAUGGACCUUGAAGAUGAUCAAGAAGUACGAAUCAAAGGCCAAGGAAACAGGCGCAAUAAUCAUUCCGCAAAGUGGAGUUGAGUCCGCACCAUCCGACGUACUGGCCUGGGAACUGUGCCGGACUAUACGCUCUCAACUGUCCGCUCCGACCGCUGAUGUGAUAGUGGAAAUACACGAGCUCAAUUCUGUACCUUCCGGAGGCACACUGGCUACGUUGCUUGGUCUCUUCGAUUCCUUUAGCAUCCAGGAAUUCGUAGACUCCGUCAAGCCGUAUGCUUUGUCUCCGGUUCCUCAUCCACGCGGUACUCCCAGCCCCUCGAUCUUCUCGAGACUCACAGGCUUGUACAAUGUUCCCAAUCUUGGGCUGCUGAGCACUUCUAUUACUGCUGCAACGAAUGCUUCUAUUGUUCAGCGCACCUGGGGCCUAUUUCAGCUAGAGCCGAGCCGUCAAAAGGAGUUUUAUGGCUCCAACUUCUCCUACCAGGAACUCAUGAAGGCCAGGAACUUUGCUACUGGUAUUGCCAUGCAUUAUGGCGCCAUGGUAGCCGGCGCUCUGCUCAUGUUUGUUCCCCCAUUUCGAACCCUUGUCCGCAAGUUCGUCUUCAAGCCAGGGGAAGGACCCAGCCGAGAGGAUUGUGCAAACGAGUAUAUAGAGUUCAGGGGUAUCGCCAACCCUGACCUACCCAAUAGCCGCAAGCAGGCCUUUGUCAAGGCUCGAUACCAAGGAUCAAUGUAUUAUCUAACCGCGACCCUCAUGGCCCAUGCUGCCGCUACGUUGUUGCAAGAAGAUGUUAAAUUGAGCGGAGGAGUCUAUACGCCCGCCAGCUUGGGUCAGGGAUAUGUCGAUCGCCUGGACGAGAAUGGAUUCAAAGUAGAGUCCAAACUGUUGGACUUGUAG